AUGGUAAAUAAAAAUGGUAAUAGUAUCAAACGUUAUCAGCCACUAUUUCUGAUUAUUUUUGGUGUGUUACUAGCUUAUAUUGUUAAAGAAAAACUCAAAACUGAUAAUCCUCAAAAGUCAACGGAAACUACUCGACUAUUUCAAUUGGAAGAGUUAAAACAAUAUCAAGGACCUGCAAGUGUAGAAUUAUAUCUUGCCAUUUUAGGUCAUGUAUUUAAUGUUUCAAGAGCUCCCAAAUUCUAUGGUGCAGAUGGCAGUUAUCGUCUUUUCGUUGGAAGAGAUGCAUCGCGAAGUUUCAAUACAGGCGAUAUGUCAGAACAAGGAUUAUCAGACGAUUUAACGGGUUUGAACGAUGAAGAUAUUUCUAGUAAAAACAAACGUAAUGAAAAAGAACAACAAGAAUAUCCACCAUGUAAUAAUGAAUUUUCUCAAGCGACAGGAAAACGUGUGUGGUGUACAAACAAAAGUGGUGGAAUCGAAAGAAGUUGGAUUGGAUUUCCACGACGUUUAUUUAGCACAGAAAAGAAAAUUGAACGUUGUGCUUGUAUUUUGGAAACAGAAUUAAAUAAUCCAAAUUUAAAAGAAUACGAUAACUGUCCACCAACAAGUCAUGAAUGUAAACUUUCUACGUGA